UACAUGUCAGUCAGAUUUAGACAAGUUUUCACGUUAUUGUCGUUUUUUGAACCACUUUUUGAGUUAACAAUUGCUUUAUUUUGUAGCACGGGGGCAACAAUAGUCGCCCCGUCCAACUAACCCGACCACAAUGCUCUCUCAAUCUCAAACCACCCAAUUUAUAAAAACCGAACCCCCGUCGAUGUCUUUUUUCCCCUGCGCCGAGACCAUCCAACCCUUCCAGUGCAAUAAAUGCCCCAAUUAUCAAACUUCGUCGUCAGUGCACCAUAGAAGUCACCACAAUGAGCCCCCACACAAGCCAAUCUUAACGUGCCGAAAGUGCGACUUUACAACCUACUCAAAAUUGAUUUUUUUCAGGCACCGAAUCCGCGACGAGUGUGUCAAAACUACGAUUUUCCAGUGUAACCGGUGUCCCUACAAUUUCCCAAAUAGAACUCAAUUGAACCGACACACUAGGUACAUCCACGGCAUUCACUGCGAACAGUGUGACUUUACCACACCGUGGAAGCAAAAACUAGUGGAUCACGUAAUAAUCAAACACUUAUCGGACGAUCAAAUCCAGUGGGUACAUUGUAACUAUUGUGCGUCCAAAUUCAAGCUGGAAAAGUACCUCCGGAAGCACCUCAAGUACCAGCACCCCAAACCCGACGAAAUCACGUGGAUUCCGUGCGAAAAAUGCCCGUUAAAAUUUAAAUUGAAAAUGCAGCUGAAGCGUCACAUGAUUUUGAGGCAUUUACACGAUUCUGAGAUUGAAUGGUUCAAGUGUGAACUGUGCACGGCACGAUUUAAAUAUAAACAGUGUCUAAAGGAACACACUAUAGCUAAACAUUUACAUGAAUCGGAAAUUCAGUGGUUUGAAUGCGGCCGCUGCACUGCACGUUUUAAAUAUAGACACUCUUUAAAGUACCACAUUGUGGCCAAACACUCACUAGUGAGUGAAAUUCAGUGGUUCCAGUGUGACAAGUGCAGAGCUAAGUUCAAGCACAAACAAAAUUUAAAAAACCACUUCAGACUGAAGCACUUGGCGGAGAACGAAAUUCGGUGGUUUAAGUGUGAUCAUUGCACUUUGAGGUUCAAAGCAAAGAAGAAUUUGAAGAAGCACAUGAUUGGGAAGCAUUUGCCUGAAGAUGAGAUUCGGUGGUUUAAAUGUGAGGAGUGCACGAGUAAGUUUAAGUUUAAGUGUGCGCUUAGUAAACACUUUAAGAGGAAACAUAUGCUGGAGAGCGAGAUUCAGUGGUUCUAUUGUGACUAUUGUCCGUCUAAGUUUAAGUUUAAGGAUGAUUUGGUGCGUCACGGGAAGUACUGUAGAGGGAGAAGGUUGAAGAAAGUGGAGCUUUCGGGUGUGGGUGUACACAUAAAGACUGAGAUAGCUUGAAGCAGGAUUGUGUAAUUUAUUUAUUUAAUUAGUGUUAUAAACAUGUUGGUGUGUAUUAAAUACAAUAAAUUUCGGUUUUAUGUC